AUGUCUGAACUGAAACAUGUGCUUUCUUUCGUUUUUGAUAAAAUUUUCAACAACAACAUUCACCACCAACACUCAAACCCGAAGAAUGGCAUUGCAUCAACCACAACAACAACAACUUCCAACAGCAAGCACAUUACCUCAAACCUUUCUCCUCCGCUUUUGACUGCUUCAUUAUCGUCGGCUCUUCCUCCUCCGAUGGCAACUCCACCACCACUUCACCAUCACAAAAUUCUCUCCAUUGAUGCCGGUUCAUCCAAAUUCAAAACGUGUUUCUUUGAUUUGGAACAUAAAGAUGCUUUCCGAUGUGAUGAAGGAAGUAGUGAUAAAAAAGCAAUGUACACAACAGUUGCUCUGAUUAUUAACAUGUUGGACCAACAUUCACAGAGAAUUCAAAUUAUUAAUCAUCCAUAUCCUCUCUCACAUCAUGUUUCAUUGGCACGAGGAGAGGUCUUUGUGUUUUUUUAUAAUUGGAAGAAUAUGAUGUUUCCCAUCACGGAAAUCAUGACUGAUGAAUUUGUAAAUCGAGAAAUGAAAAGACAAUCAAAUUUUGUCGUGUGUGAUGAGAGGACACUUUUUAUUAACUCUGGAAAUGUUGAAAUUACGUCGGAAGGAGUACAAGUUACCAUAACAUCCUCUCAAGUUCGUAAAGCCACACAAACCGCACCUGAAAAUUCGAUACUACAACGACGUGAAGGAGAUCGGGUAUUGUUCUCAAAAAAAGAUAUUGUUAGAGAGCUCUUUAAAUUUUGCUUUAACUCACACGUUCAAUUACCUAACGGAAUUUCAUUGAGAGAUUGUGAAAUUUAUGUCUCAAUACCUUCCAAAGUGCUUUUCAGAGAUCGUGAAGCUUUUAGAGAGAUUAUUUCAACUGUUUCACAAAAUGACAAUAUUCGAUUGGUUCGAGAAUCCGUCGCACUUUGUUACUACUUUCAUUAUGUAUAUUAUGGAAAUGUUCAUCAUUUGAAAACAUCACCUAGGAAAGAGAAUCAAUCAGCAACAGAGAUUGGUGACCACACGGAAUCGUCACAAUCCAUUCCAACCAAAGCUGUUGCCAUUGAUAUAGGUCAUUACUCAUCCGACGUGGCUGUCGUGGCACUUGAAAAUGAGUAUAGUAUCAACAUGACCAGUGCUUAUUGUCUGUAUCAUGGAGGUCAUAAAGUGACCAUAGAUAUUUUGAAAAGCAUUUUACCUUCUAACGAUUUGGAGGAAUUGAAAAAAUCAGAAGAAAAAUUUUGGAGAGAGGUCUGUAAAAUGAACGAAUGCAAAGAAACUAUAUUCGACCUCGAUACAAAGUGGAAUCUCGACAAUCACUUUAAAAGUGGUCAGGAUGGAUGUGUUAUUGAUGACGUUUUUUUAUCGGCGGAGAGUAUUAAGCAAAUUCUAGAUCAAAAUUUUUUGGACAUUGUCGAAUUAUUGAAAAAGCUUGUGGAAUCUAAUUCAAGCAAAUAUUUAAUUUUGGGAGGACCAGUCUCUAAAACUAGAUUAUUUAAGAAUUACGUGAAAAGUUUUCUUCAGAAUACUCCAUGUGAAAUUGUUUUCACGAAAAAUCUGUACGAUAUUUGUAUUGGAACGUUCCUUUAUGCUGCAAACAGCAUUUCACAACCACCAUUGGAGACUUCUCAAGCGAGCAGUGUGGAGAGCAUUAGCAGUGCUACCAGUGUUUUGGCAUCACCAUCCAAGAUUCGAUUUGUAAAUUCUUCUCCCAUUGAUCAUGUCUUUUUAUUUUGCAUGAGAGACAUUGUCUGUACCAAGGUACCUAACUACAUCAAACACCGAUACAAAAACAUUUCACUCGAAAUGUACAAUCAAAUGAUUGAGGAUGUUUACGGACUCGAAAAAACACGCCGCCUGAACAUGUACAACUUGGAAGAUCAAAACGUGCUCGAUAUUGAUACAAGACAAGAGAGACCAACAAGUCCUAUCGUUUCUUAUCUUACUCUCGAUACGGAUGCCGCAUAUAUUGAUUUUGAAAUUUAUAAUGCCACUUUGGCCAAUGACUCUAUUCUAAAACAAAAAAGAGACAUGGCUGUGAAAGGAUACUUUAUUGAUCCGAGUCGUCAGAGAAAUUAUCGAAGAAUUUACACUGCUGAAGGAGCCAGAAUUUUUGGACUCGAUGAAAUGAAUUUUAUUCGUCGAGUGAAAAUUGUGGGCUUUCCUAAAUUUAGUUCUCGUAAAAAAGAGUUGAUCAAAUUAAUGGAAAAUUGGGGUUAUACCGAUGAAGAAAUUGAUUUUAUUUUGAGCAGCUGUCGAGUGGAUUAUCAGAUUAAUAGUGACGAUAAUCUUGUCAUGCAAUUCUCAAAUUUAUUGGAAACAAUCACUUUUAAUCCAAUUGAAAUUCACACAAGCCAUGUCAUUCCAUGUACCAUUCAAGAUGCCUUAUCUGAGGAAGUUUCAGAAAAAUUCGAUCAACAAGUCAAAGAACUUGUCGUAUCCAUUGAAUUAAGUCAAGACGCCAUUGAGACUUUGAAAAAGGAAAAAUCGGCUUCUGCAUUGCGAAUGGCAUCAACAACAUCCAAGACAAAAGUGCUCAGAGCGAAAGGAAUUGACAUUAUUUCCAUAAUUAAUGAACAUUUAGCAAGUAGUGGUAGUGGUGGUGUCAGUAGUUGUAGCAGCAACAGCAUUAUUAGUCAUAGAGGUGGUAGCGGUUCUGCUGCUGCUGCUGGUAAUCAUGAAGAACAACAUGACCUCGUAAAAAAGGUCAACCAAGAUCAUCAAGAGGAGAUUUUCAACAUCACCUCAGUAGUAGCAACCACUGCAAUGAAAAUGGAUAGUCCUGAACUAUUGACAAUAACAAUAACCACUACUAAUCCAAACAUGAAACCUGAUUCUGAUGAGAAUGAAGAAACAAAUCUUACAAAGAGGAAACGGGAGCUCUAUGAUGAUGCAUUCCUUCUUGCCUCUUCUGUAAAUUAUUCUGACAAGAGCAACAACUUUUUGAUACAGUCACCUGGAGAAGAAGAAACAACCAACAAGACGACCUCUGCUGUUGUAUCAUCAAAGAAGAGAAUUGUGACACGAAAACGAUGA